AUGGCUGCGUCGGUUGCUGCUGCAGCCCGGCGGCUGCGACGGGCCCUUAGAAGGUCGCUCUCAUGGCAAGGUCUCAGCCAUCGGCCACUCUCAUCGGAGCCCCCUCCAAUCCCGGCUACGGCCGUGCGGGAUGCUUUCCUGAGUUUCUUUCGCGACCGCCAUGGACACAAGCUGCUGCCUUCUGCUUCCGUGCGGCCCCGUGGCGACCCCAGCUUGCUUUUUGUCAAUGCAGGGAUGAACCAGUUCAAACCGAUCUUCCUGGGCACCGUGGACCCACGAAGCGAGAUGGCAGGCUUCCGACGUGUGGCCAACAGUCAGAAGUGUGUAAGGGCUGGGGGACGCCACAACGACCUGGAGGACGUGGGCCGAGACCUCUCCCAUCACACCUUCUUUGAGAUGCUUGGCAACUGGGCCUUUGGAGGUGAAUAUUUUAAGAAAGAGGCUUGCAGCAUGGCCUGGGAAUUGCUCACCCAAGUCUAUGGGAUCCCUGAGGACAGGCUCUGGGUUUCCUACUUUGGUGGUGACCCCAAGGCAGGACUGGACCCAGAUCUAGAAACCAGGGACAUCUGGCUUAGCUUAGGGGUUCCUGCCAGCCGUGUGCUCUCCUUUGGGCCAGAAGAGAACUUCUGGGAGAUGGGGGAUACUGGCCCAUGUGGACCCUGUACUGAGAUCCACUACAAUCUGACUGGUGGGGUGGGAGCCCCACAGCUCGUGGAGCUUUGGAAUCUGGUCUUCAUGCAACACAACAGAGAGCGAGAUGGAAGCCUGCAACCCCUGCCGCAGCAGCAUGUGGACACGGGGAUGGGCCUGGAAAGACUGGUGACCGUGCUGCAAGGCAGGCGCUCCACCUAUGACACCGACCUCUUUACCCCGCUGCUCGAUGCCAUACACCAGGGCUGCGGGGCACCCCCUUACCUGGGCCGGGUAGGGCCAGCAGAUGAGGGGCGCAUAGACACGGCAUACCGUGUGGUGGCCGACCACAUCCGGACACUGAGUGUCUGCAUCUCCGAUGGCGUCUCUCCUGGGAUGUCAGGUGCCCCGCUGAUUCUUCGUCGGAUCCUGCGCCGAGCUGUGCGUUUCUCCACAGAAGUCUUACGGGCACCACCCGGUUUCCUAGGAAGUCUAGUGCCUGUGGUGGUGGAGACACUGGGAAAUGCUUAUCCAGAACUGCAGAAGAACUCAGCCAAGAUAACCAGCCUGGUGUCGGAGGAUGAGACAGCCUUCCUGGCCUCCCUGCAGCGGGGCCGACGGAUCAUCGAUAGAACUCUGAAGCGCCUCGGGCCUUCCGACAUGUUCCCUGCUGAAGUGGCCUGGUCUCUGUCACUGUCUGGGGACCUGGGGCUUCCCCUGGACCUGGUGGAGCUAAUGCUGGAGGAGAAAGGCGUGCGGCUGGACUCCGCUGGGCUCGAGCGGCUCGCCCAGGAGGAAGCCCAGCACCGCACACAGCUGGCUGAGCCAACUCGCGAGCAGGGAUUACGGCUCGACAUCCACGCACUCGGGGACCUGAAGCACCGAGGGGUGCCCCCGACCGACGACAGCCCCAAGUACAAUUAUUUCCUGCAACCCAGUGGAGCUUAUGAGUUUGGAGCCUGUGUGGCCCAGGUCCUGCAGCUGUACACAGAGGAUGGGACAGCUGUGACCUCUGUCGGGGGAGGCCAGCGCUGCGGCCUCCUCCUGGAUAGGACCAACUUUUACGCUGAACAGGGAGGUCAGGCUUCGGACCGUGGCUUCCUGGUUCGGACAGAACAGCAGGAUGUACUGUUCCCUGUGACCCGGGCCCACAUCUGCGGGGGCUUCAUUCUGCAUGAGGCCAUGGCCCCCGAGUGCCUGCAGGUGGGCGACCAGGUGGAGCUACAUGUGGAUAAGGCCUGGCGCCUGGGCUGCAUGGAGAAGCACACGGCCACCCACCUGCUGAACUGGGCGUUGCGUGAGACCCUGGGCCCUGGCACAGAGCAGCGGGGCUCCCACCACAAUCCUGAGAGACUGCGCUUUGACGUUGCCACCCAGGCCCCGCUGACACCACAGCAGCUCCAGGCAGUGGAGGGCGCUGUGCAGAAGGCCGUGGAGCAGGAUGAGCCUGUGUACAUGGGCGAGGUGGCCCUGGCACUCACUGCCCACGUCCCUGGCCUGCGCUCCCUGGAUGAGGUGUACCCAGACCCUGUGCGGGUGGUGGCAGUCGGGGUGCCCGUGGCCCAGGCACUGGACCCGGCCUCGGAGGCCGCACUGCAGACCUCCGUGGAGCUGUGCUGUGGGACUCAUCUGCUACGGACAGGGGCCGUGGGAGAUCUGGUCAUCGUCGGGGACCGCCAGCUAACCAAGGGUACCACUCGCCUACUGGCUGUCACCGGGGAGCAGGCCCAGCAGGCCCGAGAGAUAGGCCAGAGACUGGCCCAGGAGGUGAAAGCAGCUGCAGAGAGGCUGAGUCAGGGCAGCCGGGAUGUGGCAGAGGCACAAGGCCUAUCCAAGGCCAUGGGACGACUGACUGACGCUGUGGACACCGCAGUGAUGCCCCAGUGGCAGCGACGAGAGCUCCAGGCAACACUGAAAACGCUACAGCGGCGUGCCAACACUGCCAUCCGCAAACUGGAGGCAGGGCAGGCAGCAAAGAAAACCCAGGAGCUUCUGGAACGCCACAAGAAGGGGCCUCUAAUUGUGGACACUGUCCCCGUAGAGUCCCUCUCGGUGCUGGUCAAGGUCGUGCGGCAGCUGUGUGAGCAAGUCCCCAGCAUGUCCGUGCUGCUGCUCAGCCCCCAGCCCCUGGGGAAUGUGCUGUGUGUCUGUCAGGUGGCCCAGGGUGCCACACCUACUUUCACAGCAAAGGCUUGGGCACAGGCUGUCUGCAGCCACAUGGGGGGCAAGGCCUGGGGCUCCGGAGCCUUGGCCCAGGGCACUGGAAGCACUGCUGACCUGGACACUGCCCUCAGCACAGCUCGAGCCUAUGCCCUCAGCCAGCUCUGUCCCAGGCCUGUGACCCAGGGCAGUAUGAACAAGCAGACAGUGGAUACUCAAGUGCAAGGAGCCCUGAGAAGCUAG